UAUCUUCUGUUCACUUGAGAAGGUGAAUAAUAAUAAUAAUUAUUAUUAAAGUUAAAUAAAUUAAAAACAUUUUUUUAAAAGAAAUGAAUUAAAAAUUCGUGAAAUAUUGAGUGAACACAGGACUUUCUUCGUUUAAGAUUUAAUUUAAAUUUUCAAUUUUCAACGAUCGUAAAAACACUAGUUAUCUUGGUAAUUGAAGAUGCCGAACACUAAAGAAGUACCGGAAGUUGGAAAUAUUUACCUCUAUGAGGACCAUGUACCGAGAAAAUCAAGAUGGAGCAAAAUCCCAUUCAUCGGCUACUUCCGACAAAAGUUGAAAAUGGAUGAAAAAGAAUUAGAAGAUAAGCGGCAAGCUAUUAUGAAGAAGAAUGGAAAGUACAGAGUUAGGUACGCGGGUCUAAAUGGCUACAAACGGAAAUACCUUAAUGACCUUUACAUUAGUAUGAUUGACCUAAAAUGGCGGUACGCAUUCGCUCUGUUCUUCAACAUGUAUCUAUUAUCUUUCCUCUUUUUCGGAAUUAUGUGGUGGAUUAUUGCCUACAACCACGGGGACUUCGAUCACGUUAAUGACCCGGCUUGGGAGCCGUGCGUAAGCAGCGUUUAUAGUUUUCCAAAAUGUCUUCUGUUCUCUAUCGAAACGCAGACGACAAUCGGAUACGGCGUGGCGUACCCAAAUACGGAUUGUGAUGGAACAUUAUUUAUGGUUUACAUGCAAAUUACAAUAGGUAUAUUGAUUGACAACUUAUUACUUGGGUUUAUGUUUGUAAAAUUUGCCCAGCCAAAGAAACGCCAAAAGACCAUCUUAUUCAGCAAGAACGCUUGCAUAACGCACAGUGACGGGGAUCUUGCCAUACAAAUCCGAGUCGGUGAUCUACGAAAGAGCCAUUUAUUAGCAGCCCAAGUUCACGGUGUUCUCGUGAGACGUCAUGUGACCGACGAAGGCGUUCUUCAUCCGUUAUAUAUGAGUAAAGUUGAGUUUAAAGCAGACGCUAUGGAGGAUACAUUAGUUCUGAUGUGGCCGAUGGUACUUACUCAUAAAAUCACAGAAGAUAGUCCGUUCUAUGAUAUAAAGCCAGCCGAUUUAACCAAUGAGAAAUACGAAUUAAUCGUCUUUAUUGAAGGCACGAUCGAAACCACGGGUGAAUUCUGCCAAGUCCGAACCUCAUACACCCCAAGGGAGUUCUUGUGGGGACAUCGAUUCGACAGGAUAGAAGAAUUCGAUUCCGGAAAUGGGCGAUGGGAAAUCGAUUUCGCAGCUUUCAAUGAUGUAGUCUACACAAACAAUAUACGUCACAGUGCACGUGAACUUUGUAGCUUCCGCAGACGAAAAGUAGUUCCUACUUUAGACAAACAAGAUGAACACAUGGAAAAGGUUCCCCCAAUACAAACGAAGAAUCUCAAAACUGUUUCAUAUGGUGUCGGUCCGGAACUUCCGGUGAGAAAUUACGAGAAGCGCGAAUUAAGCUUUGGAAAUCCUCAAAACGAGACUGGCUACCGAUCAAAUGACGAAGAAUCAGACGACACUGUGAUAGAGAAGAGACCUCGACGAUCUGAUAGCGUGGUAUCCUUCGAAACUGCUGCAGACACAGCGUCAUUAAACGGACACAACAUUUGAAGUCCAGAUUCCAUGACCUGGCUGGUAUCAUCCAACCGACAGAUGCAAUUCUAGUGGUCAGUAAAUAUGAAAACCAGUGGCCAAAUACCUUCUGCUGACAAGAACACAUCUUCCAAUACAAACAUAUGGCGAAUUCUCCAGUAAAGGACUGUCCCAAAUAAUUAAUAUUUAAGAUCUAUUUUCGCUAAUAAUUAUUAACAAGUUAAUAAGACAAUAGGAUAUUUUAAAAUGAGGAUUUUUCUCUGAAUUGUAGCAAUUCAUUCUUAGUAUAAUUUUCCAAAAAAUUAAUAAAUUUUUAUUUUUAAAUAUUUGGUAAGUUAAAAGACUUAUACCAGGAGAACACAAAAUAUACAGUUAAUCUACAAUAGUAUAACUAUGCAGUGGCUGCGCUUUAUACGGCAUAUGUGUAAAGAAUAUGUAUAUAACUGAUUGCAUAUGUGUAAAAAAAUAUGUAAAUUACGGAUGUGUAAAUAUCAACUUUAUGUAAAUCUUAAAAAUAAAAAAAAAAUAAAAACAUAUUUCGGAAAGUAAGUUUCAAUAAAUCUUUCAGUUUCAAAUUCUUCAAUGUUUGUCAAUUUUUUAUUUCACAAAUAUGUAAUACUAUAAAUACAUGUAUUUUUAUAAUUUUGUGCCAAGAUUGAUUUAAUUAAUUCAGCAAAAUAACUUUAUUUAAAAAAGGUGUUUUUUUUUUCCUCUUUUUGUUUUCAAAAAUAAACUUUAAUAGUUACUUUCAUUAUUUUAUUAAAGUUAAAGUUUAGAAGGAACUUAUCUCCGAUUUUACUUGUUUCAAAACAUUGUAAACACUUGUAUAUUUGAUAAAAUUUCAUGAUGUAUUUGUGAACCUUUAAAAUUUGUCAAAUUCUUCAUAUUAAUUGUAAAAGAUAUUGUUAAAUAUUAUUAUAGAUUUUUUGUAACAUAAUUUGACAUUGAUUAUUGUAACAUGAUGAUUAUUGUAACAUGACAUUGAUUAUUCACUAUUGUAACAUAACAUUGGUAACUGUAACAUGAUAUAAUGCAUUUAACAUGAUCAUGUAUCUGGGACUAAAAACAUACAGUACAUUGUAAUUAAAUGGUUAAUACCAAAGAAGGGACAUAUAACAUACAUUUGUAACAAUAAUUCUUCUUUUUU